GCCAUAUUGGCAGUCUCCUCCAUCUCAGCAAACGUCGAGCAUGCAUGUCUGUAACCGGUUAUUGAGGAGAUAUCUGUAAAUAUUUACAGACAACUGCGAGCAACACUAUGGAGGCCGUCAAAGCCUUUAACAAUGAGCUGUACUCAUUGAACGAGUACAAGCCGCCCAUCUCCAAGGCUAAGAUGACACAGAUCACCAAGUCUGGAAUCAAAGCUAUAAAAUUCUACAAGCAUGUUGUCCAGAGUGUGGAGAAGUUCAUUCAAAAGUGCAAACCAGAAUACAAGGUCCCUGGGCUGUACGUCAUCGACUCAAUUGUCAGACAGUCGCGGCACCAGUUUGGCACGGAGAAGGAUGUUUUUGCCCCACGCUUCAGCAAGAAUAUCAUCGCAACGUUCCAGCACCUGUACCGCUGCCCUUCAGAUGAUAAGAGUAAGAUAGUGCGAGUCCUGAACCUGUGGCAAAAGAAUGCGGUCUUCAAGAGUGACAUCAUCCAGCCUCUGUUGGACAUGGCAGCAGGAAUCCCCCCUCCCAGCGUCACACCUGUCAUGCCCACCAGUGCUGCUCCAGUCAAUAACACUACACCUGGCACCCCAGCUACCCCGGCUACCCCAGCUAACAUAGUCCAGGGUCUGCCUGAUUGGGCUUCACAGAUUACCAACACAGACACUGUGGCUGCUGUUGCACAGAUCCUACAGAGUCCCCAGGGACAACAGCUGCAGCAGCUGGUACAGAGUCUACAGAUGCAGCAGCAACAGAAGCCCCAGCCGUCCCUGCUGCAGGCCUUGGAUGCCGGCCUGGUGGUGCAGUUGCAAGCUCUAACAGCUCAACUCACUGCUGCCGCUACUGCCAACAGCCUCAACCCCCUGGAACAGAGGGUCUCCUCUUUUAAUAAGAAGCUUCUGGGUCCUUUUGAUUUUGGGAAUGAUUCAGAACGUGGUGAAGAAUCUAAAAAGGACUCUUCAUCAACUCAGCUGCCUAUGGUGUCGGAGCCCAUCAACAGCUCUCUCUUCCAUCAGUUGGCUGAGCAGCUACAACAGCAGAACCUGGAACAGUUUCAGAAGCAGCUUUUAGAGCACCAGCAGCACCAACAGAAGGCAAUGAACAUAGAAGGGCAGGACUCAAUCUUUGGGCAAGAGAACUCAGUUGCGACUGCUCAGAGCAGCAGCCAGCCACAGCUUCCUGAGCCAGAUAACAAAGUGGAUGACUCCAUAGACAACCAGCAGCAGGACAUGGAUCUGGAUGAGGGCCCAGAUGGUAUGGAGGAGGAGAUCUUCGAGGCAGAGGAGAAGAAGACUGUAAGCGCACGCUCCAGAACGCGCUCAAGGUCGCGCUCUAGGUCACCCAAGAGGAGAAGGUCCAGGUCCCGCUCUGGCUCACGGAAACGUAAACACCGCAAGCGGUCACGGUCACGCUCCAGGGACCGCAAGAGGAAGUCAUCACGGUCUUACUCAAGUGAAAGACGUGCCCGAGAGCGAGAAAAGGAGAGGCAGAAGAAAGGACUGCCUCCCAUUCGAUCCAAGACUCUAAGUGUGUGCAGCACGACUCUGUGGGUGGGUCAGGUGGACAAAAAGGCCACACAGCAAGACCUCACCAACUUAUUUGAAGAGUUUGGGCAGAUUGAGUCCAUAAAUAUGAUCCCUCCAAGAGGCUGUGCCUACAUCUGUAUGGUCCACAGACAGGAUGCGUACCGUGCCCGCCAGAAGCUCAGCACUGGCUCCUUUAAGAUUGGCUCUAAAAUCAUCAAGAUUGCGUGGGCUCUAAACAAGGGGGUAAAGCAGGAGUACAAGCAGUUUUGGGAUGUUGACCUGGGCGUCACCUACAUACCUUGGGAGAAGGUGAAAGUGGAUGACCUGGAUGGCUUUGCUGAGGGAGGAAUCAUCGACCAGGAGACUGUUAAUGACGAGUGGGAAGCAGCCAAGAAUGCCGAGCCAGCGAAGGAAGUUACAAGUCAGCCAGUAAGCACUGAGACUACAGCAGCAUCUAACACCCAGACGGAGACCUUCAACCAGCAGGUCACCAUGAUGCCUGUACAGCUCCCAGUUGCCCAGGCUGUUCCCAGUGCAGUCGGUUUGGUGCCGCCUAGCUUCCCUGUCACCAUGGGCAUACCCCCGCCAGGCUACGGGCCGCCGCCACCCUUCAUAAGGGCUGGCUUCAAUGCCUCACAGCCUCCGCCAGGUUUCAUGCAGGCAGCACAGACAGCAGCCAUGGUCUCAGCAGCUACUUCUCUAGUGCAGCCUUCAGUGGUAACCAGCCAAGAAGGUGUCAAGGAGUCACCAUUUGGUGCUAUGAUUCCUCCAACCAGCACCAUCCCUGGCGGCUUCAUGGCCGGUGUGUUCAACCCAGUGGGAGUCCAAGCUCAGCAAGCCACCAAUGAGAAAACAUCACAGUCUGCAGAGGGUAUGGAUGCUGCUGCAGAGAUUACACUGCAGGGCAUGCAAAAUGCAGUCCGCAGUGGGAUGGGUCUCCUUGGCAUGCACCCCACAGCUUCGCUCACCCACCAGCUUCAUCAGUCUGGUCUGACUGGGCAGAGAAUGCCUGGCCUGCUGCCUCUGGAUGUGCGACCCAACCUCCUCCAACCUGGGGCUGCCGCCCGUUUCCCACUCCUCAUGCAGCAAGGGUCCGUUCAGCAGGCUGCUGGCCUCCUUGAAAGUACCCUCCAGGCUCAAGCUCGUGCCAGGGCUCCCUUCUCUCAGCUCGACCCUUUCAACCGGGCCCCCACCCUCACCAAUGAAAAUGUAUCCAAAACAGAAGAUGAGUCUUCCUCUGGAGCCGAUGAGGGCAAAGACCAGGACUACCGCUUCCCUCCAAUGGAAAAGCAGAGUACAGGCCUGUUGAGAACCCCUCCUCCAGAACAUAGGGAGCCCCUUGGAGGUGGUGGUGGAGGGGGUGGAGGAGGCAGACCUCCCUUGCUCCAGACCCCUGGGACUCAGCCAGCCAGAACCAGCCUAGUGGGACGUCUGCAGGCUCUUGCAGGCUUCACUCCUGAUAACCGCUGGAACCAGACCAGAGGGGACUUUGAUGAGCGAGAUGGCAUGCGAGGAGGCCUGCAGGCCCCAGGUGGUCCGAAAGGCUUCCAGGAGGAGCGGCCCACACCUGGGCAGAACUUCCCCAACCGCUUUGACAACCGUCCUGGGACAGCAGCAGGAGCAUCUGGGGUUUCGGGCAAUGCUGGAGCUGCUGGGGGGCCACAGGCCUGGAACCGUAGUGGUGGUGCCGCAGCACCUUUUGACAGUGAACUACAUCAAGACCUAGAUGAGCGAAGACGCCCUUGGGACAGGCAACGAGACAGAGAUGAAAGAGAUUUUGACUUCAGGAGGGAGAUGAAUGGUAACCGCCACAGCCGAGAGCGAGAUCGGGAACGUGAGAGGGAGAGAGACAGGGAGCGAGGCAGAGACCGCAACAGGGAGCAUGACCGCGACAGAGACCGUGACAAAGAGAGAGACCGAGAGAGGGAACGUGAACGUGGGGGCUGGACACCUCUUCUCCCCCUGCCUACACCUCUGCUUCCAACUCCACCUCUUAAUCCCAACCUGACCCUGAACCAAGGCAAACUGCUUGCACCACUCAAAUUAAACCCCCAGAUUCAGACCCGAUUCCAGUCCCCACUCCUGCCUCAAGCUCAGGCCAAACCCCCUCUCUUAGGUCUGAAUCAGCCGCUGCCCCAAGUUCAGAUCAAGUCUCCACCUCCAUCACAGAGCCAAGCAGCUGUGGCCGAGCCUGAGUCAGAAACCCCAGCUUCAUCUGAGACACCUCAGUCACAGUCACCACCUUCCGCUCAAUCACCUGACCGGUCAUCUGACAACAAAGGUCAGAGCCCAUUGACUGAGGCUCCCACCCAGUCUGAGUCGUCACCACAGCGUGAGACCCCGCCACAAACAGAAUCGCCAUCCGAGCCCAUGGCUCAGUCCCCGGCCCAGUCCCCAGCUCAGUCCCCCUCCAAAAUCACCACUUCUCCAGACACUGAGACCCCAAGCCAAGCCUCACCGCUGGUUGAGGCCUCAUCCCAGGACUCACCUGUGGCCUUCACGCGAUCUGUCAGCCCCCCUGAAGAGACGACUCACUCUCUGGAGGAGCAGGAAAGCCCGCAGAAGGAGGAGGAGGAGGGGGAGGAGGAGGAGUCACAAGAGAGAUCCUCCUCACCUCAACCCAGGUGGGUCAAUGGAACUGGGAUGGACAAUGGCGCUGUGGCCGAGUCUUCACCUCAGGCCUCCCCCGAGCUCUCUCCUGAGCCCACUGAAGAACCCUCUCCUGAGUCUGUGCUCCCUGAAAGUGAACCGGAGCAGCAGCAGGAGCAGCUUGCCUCUCCUGAGGACGUAGACAAUGAACAGAGUGAGCCCAUGGAGGAAGCUGCGAGUCAGCCAGUGGUAGACACUGUCACAGACACUGAGGGGACAUAAUCAUCACUCAGUAGGUAAAAGAUCAUUUUGUAAAGUUGUCUCUUCUUCUCUGUACUCAUGUCAGCAAACCACCACACGGGACAUGGCGAAUACUGACUCACAUCAGUUAUUGUCUUAUAACCAAUAACAAAUGAUUUUAUCUCUCACAAAUGCCAGUGUACUUAAAUAGAAGGCUCUUUAGCUGAUUUAUUGAUAGACAAUUUUGUUUGUGUUUUUAUUUCCUUUUUUAAGUUGUAAUGCCACCCCACUCAUUUUAAUUAAUCUAAGCUUGGCGAGUUUUACUGAAUUGCCUACCAAAAUGUUUCAAUUGUAUAUGGGGAAAAUACGCUUUGACCUUCCUAUGGAAGAGAGUAAAAAAAUCCUGGCUGUUCAACAAUGGAUUGAAUACCGUUACACACGAUACUUGAACAAGGCAGUUGCUGGCCCCAUUUCUGUCUCCUCUUCUUUUAAAAUGCUGCUGCAAAGUUUCCAGUGAAUGCUUUUGUGGUGUCCUACAAUGCUUUCUGUUUCCAAGCAGAACCAAUAGCCUGCAUACAGUGAGACCAGUACAGCUGAUUAAAAAUUGGGAAAUAUGAACAUUUUUAAAAUGAAAACAUGAAAAUGUAUCCCCAAAAUAAAAUGUCUGUAAUUUGUUUCCAAUUAUACAGUGAACACAAACAGAAAAUUACAUGCCAGGGGGAAGAAAAAGAACAUGUUGGGUGCAUAUUGUUUUUAGUUUGAAAUAAACAUGCUUUGUCUGUUUAAAAACACAUGCUUUAGGACUGUUUUCUGACCCAGGACCAGUGGAAACUAAGACUGCUUUACAGGCUCGUACACAUUGUGUGCUGUCACUUCAGUCGAUUUGAUGUUCUCGUAACUCAAGUUGCUGCUAUACCAUCCAUCCACAGAGCACUUUGUUGGAUGCAACCGUGGGACUUGUAGUUUUUAGUUUCUGAUGACUUCAGCCUGUAUGUUUCCCUAAGCUUUUGCUGGGUGACUGUUGAGGAUGGGAUUGUGCCUUUUUGAAUGGAUUUGUCGUGUCAUGAUGAUGCUACCCAACACUACUGUGUGAUGUACACCAGACUGUGCGCGCAACUCAGACGUUUCAGACAGCUCUAUGAACACAAUGCUACCUGCACAGAAAUUGACUGGCCUACCGUUUGACUGGUAGCUGGGCAGUUUGUACAGCACUCACCUAGAGGAGAACAAGUCUAUAUACUCCAUCGUUCUGUGCAUGCAGGCCUGUAGCCAUGUUUUAACCUUCUUGUGUCUCUCUUUUGUCAUUUCAUACUUGUAGUGCUUUUCUGUUGAGACAUACUACUAGAAAUCCAUAGUCUGCUGUUCUCUCAGACCAAAUGUCUACUACAGGAGUUGUGAUGUUGAAUAAAAGUUGAAGGUGCAUCAGA